AAAAACACUUUACUCUCUUUAUAUUACAAUGGAUGUCCACACAACGUACUAUGAGUCGGAGCAUCGCCUCCGCAUUGGUGAAGCAGAAUAGUUGUAUUCACGAUGAUAUUAAUCAUCGCUGUUUUCAAGUUUUUUGCAGCUGCAGUCUGCUUCGUCGGUGUUUACUUAUUAUUCUGAUUCGUUUGCAGUUUCGGAAGUUUUCAAGCCCUGUGAACCGCCAAGCCGUGAUUCUUAGCGGACAGUGAGCCUUCAGAGCAGCGGUGAAUCAGGUCGUGCGGCCUUUCCCUUCGUCCACACAGGUACACUGGCCUUGGGGCAGCAACAGCCAUGAGCGUGAUGGCGCGGCGGCUGUCUGCAUGCCUGCCCCAGGAGGCCCUUGUCCGACGCUCCUCGCCCACUGCGCUUGACAUCGCCAGCCAGAUCAGUCAGCUCGACGCCGCCUGUCCGACUCUUGGUGCUGAGGAUAAUGGCUCUGCCGUGUGUCUAGAAACGUCAAUACGGCCGCUGAAUGAGGAAAACCGCGGCAACUCGGCCGGCAGGAGACUGUCCCUCGACGUGACGUGGCUCUCCACACGGGUGCUCCACUCGGACAGCCGACGCGCCUCCCUCAGGUCACCAGCAUGGCAGCAAGAACCUCCAAGCCCAGCGCCGGAGUUUCUAAUGCAACCGUACAUGUUGAAGCGCGCGGCCUCCUCGUCUCCAGGGCAGUGGUUCUUCUCGCGGGCGUGGCGUCUGGACGAAGAAUGGGACGAGGGAAGGUCGCCGGCUGCCUCGCCACCAGUACACACAAAUACGGCUCCCUACUCUCAGGAGCUUCUGUUCUCAUGCCCCAGAAGGCAGCAGCGGCGGCAGUCUUGGGGCCCCACUGUGUUCUCUCCUUCACCACUCUCCACCAGCCCAGUGCACGCCGUGUCCCGCAUGCACUGCGUGGAUUUGCUCUCCCCCUGUGCCCCGUGUCAGCAGCGGCGGCAGUGCCUGGGCGCAACAGUGAUCUCCCCUUCACCUGAAGAUGCACGGUGUGUUCAGAUCCCACGCGAUGAUGGCAGCCCAAGUCCUAACCUCGCCGCCUCUCCGAGCCUGCUGUCCCCACACUAUAGGGUGACUCCCCUUCUCACACACCCUGUAAAACCCCUGCAGAGCCCGUGCCAUGGAAAGAAGGGUGAGGGAGGCGGCGAAGAUCUGCAGUCACGAAAUGAUGAGUCCGUCAUUGACGCAGAGAGACGCGGCAUCACCCGCACCAACAGCAGAAACAUGGUGCCUUGCGUCACCAUUGACUCGGCAGUGCCGGAGAUACCGAGUGAUACAGGAUCCGUCGAGGCACGGCUUACUUGCAGCCACAGAGAAGAGGUUCAGCCACAACUGUCAUGGGAGUUUCUUUGGGGGUGGGGGCAGAGGGGCCCAGCGGAGCUGACUUCGCAACGUCGCGCCUCGUGGCACACCACCUUACCAGUGGGCAACACCUGUGUCUCCACCUCUCAAUACUGCAGGCGUCACCAAGUCGGGUCUGCGAGGGCAGGGAGGGUCUCCUUGUGCCCUAAACUGCCGCCCGGCCCACACAGCGCCCGCCCAGGCAGCAUCCUCGGCAAGGGCGGGUUCGGGGUCGUAAAGCUUGGCAGAUACAGAGGCCGCGGCGUGGCUGUCAAGGUGCUGAAGGGUCGGCGGGCGGCGGCCUCCUCGGGCAGGGAGGCGAAGGUGCUGCCCCUCGCGCAACACACACACAUUGCCUGGACGCUGGCAGUGGUCACGCAAGCCGCCAAGGGUCUCGCGAGGGUGUCCUGGGCCCAUGCGUUCGAGAAGGAGGAGGAGAUGGUGAGCCAGCAGACUGUGACGGCCAUGUUCAGCCUCCCGCUAGAGGACACGCAAGGCUGCCGAGGCGGUGAGCAGCAGCAGGGCGAGGGCGGGGUGCCGCGGUGGGCGUGGGUGGUGAGCGAGCUGUGUCUGCCCCACACGCUCCUCACGCUCAUCAACGACACAUCGCUGACCCUUACCAGCGAGAUGCGGGUCAGGUACAUGCUGGAUGUAAGCCGCGGUCUGGCCCACCUGCACGCCCACGGCUUGGCCCACCGGGACCUCAAGCCGGGCAACGUGCUGCUCACACACUCGGGUCACCUCAAGAUAGCGGACUUUGGGUGUUGCGCGAGACUUGGCCUGCAGGACGAUGACAUUGUGCUGGGGACGGUGCGCUACCAGGCCCCCGAAGUGUUGCGGGGAGGAGUGGGAGGCAGCCACAGCGACGUGUUCUCCCUGGGAGUGACCAUCUGGCACCUCCUGACCCGCAGCCUCCCCUACCAAGGCCUCCACCCCCACAUCGUCAUCUACCAGGUCGCGUACCUAAAUCACCGUCCCCCAGACCACCAGCUUCACCCCGGCCCCCGCACGUUCCUGGACGCGGUGUUGUGGCGCCUCGCGCACACAUGCUGGUCCGAGGAGCACACCCUCAGGCCCACCGCUGCCGCGCUCUGCAGAAACCUGACGCUGCUCCAUCUGGCCUCGUCUCCGCGCGGCGUCAGUGGCCUGCCAGACAUCGAGGUGUGCCCCGGCGACUCUUCUUCCCCGCCUGCACAGCCUUAGCCGCGCCUACCCCGUCAGCGUCAUCAUUACACCCCCGUCAUCAUCAUCAUUGCUGUGCUGAAGUCAAUGUUAAUUUAUUAUAACUUUCGAUCUUUCUGAUAAUGAAUGUACACGAGAAUGACGAAGUUAGUGUUGCUGUGCUUAUUAGAAAGAAUUAUUAGUUUUCUAUAACUUUUCGUUUUGUUUGUUUCAAUUUAGUUAGAAAAACGUUACGAUAUUAAAAACACGUUUCAGGCGUUUCGGAUUAAGUUAGAAAUGUUUAUUACAUUCAUAUAUUUUUCAAGUUUAAAGUACAUAAAUAUUUGAGCUUUAAUGAGUGAUGUACUUUACCAUAAUUUUGUAGUUGUCAAGAGAAUAAUCUGGUGAUCUAAUUAUUCGGUGAUAGUGUUAUGCUUUAAAAGUGAGUGCAAUGUUUUUUUUAGAAUAAAUAUUCAUUAUGCUAACUUGCUUUCGCCUUGUGAUGAACCUCUCUUCUUAAAGAAUUCCGGAUUUACUGUAUACAAUAACUUGAGCUCUUAUGACUAAUAUCUCCAGAUCUAAACAAUCUACUGACCUUCCUAACUCCAAAAUGAGUGUAGAGAACCUCCAACUUAAACUGAACACUAAAAUAAUAUGCCAGAUUUCCUGUAAAUUAAAAAAAGUACUGGAUUGGUUGGGAUCACUGAACAAUGGAGUGGGACUAGGUAUGAAUUUGGUGCCUGGUUAGCAACUUAGUGGGUUUGAUGGCUGAAUACAUAAGGUUGCAUUACUUUAGAAUACAUCAAAACUUUAAAAAAUCAAUAUCCAAAAAACAUUAAUACAUUAUUCAUUCAAAACUACAUAACCAAGAAUGUUUUAUAGAAUUUUUUUUUCCAAACCUUUGACAAAAAGGCGUAAACUAUCCUGAAGGUAACUUCAUUGCUCUAAUCCAAUGUCAAUCAUAACAUAAAACUGUGAAGGACCCAAAACAUCCCGCAGCUGUUCCUUAGAAGAAAAAAAAUGUAGCCGUGAAAAGCGAGACUGAAUCAAGU